UCCAAGUUUCAACAUGGUGUAAUUGGAAUUUCAGUCCCACGAGACUCACGACACCCAUGGCAUGCAACACCGAAAACCACAAUGCUCUUCAUAUGAAAACGAUUUCUGUAACCGCCUUCUCCAUUUAAAGCUCGGGCAUUCCGCUCUUCUCUUCGCGUCUAACCCCUUGGCCUUUGGCCGCAUCCCUCCGUCCAAGGUCACAGGUCACAGGUCAGCAUGGACGGGCAUGAGCAUCUACCUUUUAAAGUUGGGCAAUUAGCUGAAGCUAAAUCUUUUCUUCAAGGUUAUCGUGGUGCAUGGUUCCGAUGCAAGAUAAAGGAGAUCAGUUUAAGAAAAGGUCAUAUUGGCCAUGUCUUGGAAUUUAUUGAUUUUCCUGAUGAAAAAUUAAAUUGGACAAAGUUAUAUCAGAAACCCCCAGUUUCUAAGAGCAAGUUGAAGGAGAAAAAGAGGGAAUUGAUGGUACGUCCUUGCUUUCCAUCCAUCUAUCAUGUAAGUCAAAAGCCAGACAUCAAUACGAUUGCAAAAGUGAUGGUUUUAGUCAAUGAUGUCUGGAAGGUGGGGGACGAGGUAGAUUGGUGGACUGAUGGUUGUUAUUGGUCUGGAAGAGUGACACAACUAUUGGGUUAUGACAAAGUUAGGAUUGACUUGCUGCCGCCUCCUGAUGGUGAAGGCUUGUCAUAUGAAGUUUUCUGCAACGACCUACGACCAUCUUUAGAUUGGUCUCCAUCAUAUGGUUGGAGAGUACCCAUUCCUACGGAGAGUGAAACUGGCCGCUGUUGUGCUCGAUUAGUUAAGCCAGUGUAUUACGUUCCUGCUGAAAGUGAAGGAAGAACAGAUUCACAGGGUAGGGCUGGGUCAUCACUUGAGUGCAACCCAUCCUUCUCUUCUCAUAUUUCAGAUUACUCGUCGCCACCUCCUGAUGGAUCAGAGCAUUCUCCAGAAAAGGAAAUGACUGAGCAACCUCUGAACAUUGCUGACUCCAGAAAGAGGAAGCAGACACUCAAAACAAAAAUGGACCUGCACAAAGGGGAUGUGGGCAUUAGAAAAACCAGUUCCUCAGAUAGUGUUUCAAGUUCACACGUUGGAGAUACUUCAGAAGAAAUGACCAUUGGUGGAAUAGACCGAUGCAGUAAUAGUGGGUCCUCAAAAAAGAUGGGAACUGAUGGAAGCAUUGCUUUGAAUUCCAUGCACUCUGACACACUAGAUGCUGCAAUUUUGGAUCUGGAGGAACUUGCAAACAAGGUUAAAUGGGUUAAGGGCAUACUUGAUCAUGGCAUUCCUUUGCCAAAUGCUCUGCGGCCUCCAUGGAGGUUUCUGGAACACCAUGCACCUUCCACACCUAAAUGAGUUCUUCAAAAGAAGGUGAAAUGUGUGUACUCUGCUUCCAUAUAUGACUUUUCGGUGGUUAUUCCCAAAGUCAGUCAGAGUUCCUCUCUUAACUGGCAUGGUGCAAAAAUGCAGAAAAGACCGGUGAAGAAUAUGGAACAUGGCCCCUAUGCGUGUUUUGGUGCUUAUGGAAGACGAGCCUCCACAUCAAGUGUUGAAAGACUUUUUCCUGAAACAUUUUUUGAUUGGGCGACGAUCCCUUGGGGGUUUGACCUUUCCUUGAUUGCGCCCCCUUAUUUUUGUUAGGCGCUUUUAAUCAAUGUUUUUGCCUGCCAAAUCUCUCUCUCUUUCUCUCUCUCUCUCUCUCUCUCCAUUUGUGAAAAAAAUAUAAAAGAGGGUGAGCGAGAGGCGAGGAGAGCCGUGACACACCUGUCUAAGGCGGAGGCAGCAGGCUCCUGCUAUUCCUCUCGCGGGCCAAAUUUCUACUGGGAAUUUUGGAGUGCUGGGGCUUCGGUGGUUUCAUUUUGUUUGAGGGGAGAAACACCGGCUAAACCAACCCCUUUGUUGACUCUCCCUGGGCGGAGAUCGGGGUUUAGGGUUUUAUAAUGCACUUACCCACAAUUCCCGGCCUACACCCUUUCAAGUUGGUCCUUAAGGUCUCUACCUCAUAAAAUAAAGCCGGCAAAUAUUCUCUAAUUUUCCUAUGUGGGACUACUCCUUGUUUUCUUCUGACUUAAAAGGUUGUGGACCUUUUUUUUGGUUUUUCUUUU